AUGAUGAGCCGCCUCAGCGACUGUGGUUCCUUUUCCGGUUGCUGCGGAGAGGAUUCCUCCGACGUGUUUUCCGGUGAAUCAACGGCUGAUAUCUCGUCGGAGGAAGUUGUUUCUUGGCCGGAUGAUUCAAUAGCGAGCUGUAUAGAGGACGAGAGACACUUUGUUCCAGGACUUGACUAUCUCUCUAGGUUCCACUCUCAAUCUCUGGACGCUUCGGCUCGUGAGGAGUCUGUCUCAUGGAUACUCAAGGCAAGCAAGCCGUAUUAUAAGUUUCAGCCUUUAACCGCGUACCUCGCGGUUAACUAUAUGGAUCGGUUUCUCUACGCUCGCCGAUUACCGGAGACUAGUGGUUGGCCAAUGCAGCUUUUAGCAGUGGCAUGCUUGUCUUUAGCUGCCAAGAUGGAGGAAGUUCUGGUUCCUUGUCUUUUUGAUUUCCAGGUUGAAGGAGUGAAGUAUAUAUUUGAAGCAAAGACAAUACAAAAAAUGGAACUUCUUGUUUUGAGUGUGUUGGACUGGAGACUAAGAUCCGUUACACCCUUCAGUUUCCUCAGCUUCUUUGCUAACAAGAUUGAUCCUCUAGGAACCUCUCUCGGGUUCUUUCUCUCGCAUGCUACAAAGAUUAUACUCUCCAACAUUAGAGAAGCGAGCUUUCUUGAGUACAGGCCAUCUAGCAUAGCUGCAGCUGCGAUUCUCUGUGUAGCCAACGAGUUACCUUCUUUAUCCUCUGCUGGAAAUCCACACGAGAGCCCUGAGACUUGGUGUGAUGGAUUGAGCAAAGAAAAGAUAGUGAGAUGCUACAGGCUAAUGAAGGCCAUGGAGAUAGAGAACAAUAGGAAAAAUUCACCAAAAGUGAUAGCAAAGCUCAGAGUGAGCGUAAGAGCAGCAUCCACAUUGAUGAGACCAAGUGAAGAACCCUAUUCCUCAUCAUCAUCAUCAUCCUUAUCUUCUCCAUGUAAAAGGAGGAAACUAAGUGAUUACUCGUGGCUAAGUGAUGACAACUCCAGCUCAGAAUAAACAGAGGUGGGGGAGUCAAGUAUAGUAUGAAGUACAUAGUCUAAGAAAAAGAGUUAUAAAUAAUUAAAACAAUAAUUAGUGGGUAAGAUUUGCGUUAGUUGGGAGAGGUCAUCAUUAAUGACUUUGCAGAUUCCCAAGGAGAAGAAAGUGAGUGAGUGUAAUAAACACACGUGUGAGAAGAGAAGAUUAUGAGUGUGUGUGUGCUUGAGAGAGAGAAGACCAUGAAUGCAUUUUACAGUCACAAUUGUGGAAGAUCUUUGAAUUUCAGACAGAGGCGUUUGUCUUAAUGGAUCGCAGAAGUCGUGGACCCCAAGCUUCUUUGGGUAGUUGCAAGUAUAUAUAUAUGUUGUUUUUUCUUUUGUAGUGAUGAUAUUUUUUAUUUCUUGUGUGCGACUGCUCGUGCCGGAGACGUGUGUCGCACGUGUUUGCUUUCUUUUCUCUUCAAAUAUUUUUUUUGGCGGGAAUUUUGUGUUCUGAUGUACAUUUUAUUUACACCCCCUAUGCAUGCGUGUAAGGCGUCACGUGUGUAUAUUUAUAUGAUUGUUUUUGAUAUUGAAUGUUUCUUAGAUUUUUUUUUUUU